UUUGAGGUAUGAUUUAAUGUUUACCUUUUCAAAUGAUACUUUUCUAUGCAAGAUUUAAACAAUUUUGGAUUUAUCAAAUUGUAAGUUAUAUAUAAAAAUGCCUGCUAUAUUACAUAAUGACGUACUAUUGUACAAAGGAAGUAAUCUGUUCCGACAAAGGCUUUUAUUAUCAACUUUGAGUGGACGAGCCAUAAAAAUUGAAGAAAUUCGAAGCACCCAUGACGACCCUGGCCUAAGAGAGUACGAAGUAAAUCUAAUUCGAUUAUUAGACAAAAUUACAAAUGGUUCACGGGUUGAAUUGAGUGAAACAGGAACCUCCUUGUAUUUUCAACCUGGAAUUUUGAUCGGCGGUCUAAUUAAUCAUAGUUGUUGUACCCAAAGAGGAAUAGGUUAUUAUUUAGAAGUUCUGUUAGCAUUAGGUCCAUUUUGUAAAGAACCGUUAAAUGCAGUGCUCCAAGGAGUCACUCAUCAUGACCUGGAUGUGUCUGUAGACAAGAUUAAAUCAGCUGCACUACCCAUUCUAUUGAAAUUUAUCCUUGUCGAUGAUGGUUUAGAGCUUAAAGUAGUAAGAAGAGGUGCACCGCCUCUUGGUGGUGGUGAGAUAGUAUUCAAGUGUCCUGUUAGGCGACACUUGCGCCCUCUGCAGUGGAGCAAAUGGGGGCUGGUGAAAAGGAUUCGUGGUGUGGUGUAUGCCCUUAGAGUGUCACCUACCAUGGCUAAUAGAGUUGUAGAAACAGCUAAAGGGGUGAUGUUAAACUUCCUACCAGAUGUUUACAUUAAUACAGAUCAAUGCCGUGGUCCUAAUGCUGGGAAAAGUCCUGCAUUUGGAAUAAGUCUUCUAGCCGAAACUAAUGACAAAACUUUUUAUUGUGCCGAAGCUAAAUCUGUAGAAGCAGGUACGGGCGACGCAACGCUACCAGAAGAUUUAGGUCGAGAGUGUGCCCUUAAGCUGCUGGACGAGAUCCAUCGUGGUGGCGCGGUCGAUUCAGCGUUUCAAUGGAUCCUGGCACUGUGGAUGGCGCUCGGACAAAAAGAUGUUAGCGAGUGCAUUGUGGGUCCUCUCUCAGACUACACGAUCAAAUUUCUCCAGCACCUUAAAGAGUUUUUUGGAGUAAUGUUCAAGUUAGAAGUCCUGAGAUCUGAUGACGAUGAAAUGAGCUCAGACGACGAGGAAAAGACAUCUUCAGCUCAGAAAGUAAAAAUGACCUGCAUUGGUAUUGGUUAUGUAAAUAUUAGCAAGAGAACUUUAUAAAUGACUAUAUACUCU